CAAUAAUAAUUGAAAAUGCUGAAGCAAAUCAAUGGUCUGCACUUGGCUAGGCGCAAUCUCUGGGUGGUUUGCAGUGGCCUCCGUGCCAAGGAUUGUGACAAGGGCGGUAAGGGCGGCAAGGGCAAGUUCCGCACGGAGAAGGACACCUUCGGGGAGCUAAAGGUGCCGGCGGACAAGCUGUACGGCGCUCAGACGAUGCGCUCCAAGCUGAAUUUUCCCAUUGGCGACAUAGGCGAGCGUAUGCCGAUGCCGGUGAUCCAGGCCAUGGGCAUACUGAAGAAGGCCUGUGCCGAGGUCAACAAGGAUUACGGACUAGAUGGCAAGGUUUCGGAUGCAGUGUCCUGCGCCUGCGACGAUGUCAUUUCCGGCAAGCUAUACAAGCAGGGUCACUUCCCAUUGGUCAUCUGGCAAACCGGUUCGGGCACCCAGACGAAUAUGAACACCAACGAGGUGAUCAGCAAUGCGGCCAUACAGAUGAUGGGCGGCGAACUGGGCAGCAAGAAGCCGGUGCAUCCCAACGAUCAUGUGAACAAGUCGCAGAGCUCCAACGACACCUUCCCCACCGCCAUCCACAUAUCCGUGGGCAUGGAGCUGAACGAGCGGCUUGUUCCGGCGGUUACACACUUGAGGGAUGCCCUCAAGUCCAAGUCGGAUGAGUUCAAGGACAUCAUCAAGAUCGGACGCACCCACUUGAUGGACGCAGUACCGCUGACCUUGGGCCAGGAGUUCAGCGGCUACACACAGCAGUUGACCAACGGUCUGGAGAGGAUCAAGGGCUGUCUGCCGCGCGUUUAUGAGCUGGCUCUGGGCGGCACUGCCGUGGGUACGGGUCUGAACACACGCAAGGGAUUCGCUGAGAAGGUGGCCAAGCGCAUUUCGGAGCUCACCUGCUUGCCCUUCGUGUCGGCGCCCAAUAAGUUCGAGGCACUGGCUGCCCGCGAUGCCAUGGUGGAGGUGCAUGGUGUCCUCAACACGAUCGCCGUCAGCCUGAUGAAGAUCGCCAACGAUAUCCGACUGCUGGGAUCGGGUCCGCGUUGCGGCCUGGGCGAACUAAUGCUGCCGGAGAACGAGCCCGGUAGCUCCAUCAUGCCCGGCAAGGUGAAUCCCACGCAGUGCGAAUCGAUGACCAUGCUGUGUGCCCAGGUGAUGGGUAACCAGGUGGCGGUGACUAUCGGCGGCUCCAAUGGGCACUUCGAGCUGAAUGUAUUCAAGCCCCUGGUCGUGUCCAAUGUGCUGCGCUCCAUUCGCUUGUUGGCUGAUGGCAGCAUGACCUUUAGCAAGAACUGCGUGGAGGGGCUGCAGGCCAACAAGGAGAGGAUUGACAAGAUCAUGAACGAGUCCUUGAUGCUGGUGACCGCCCUGAAUCCGCACAUUGGCUAUGACAAGGCCGCCCUGAUCGCCAAGACGGCACACAAGAAUAAGACGACCUUGAAGGAAGAGGCACUGAAGACCGGGAUUACCGAGGAGCAGUUCAAGGAGUGGGUCAAUCCCAAGGAGAUGCUGGGACCGAAGUGAUUCGCUAUUCGGUUAUUAAAGAUUUUGUGUUAGUUUCGUGUAAUAAAUUUAUGUGUGUGGCAGGAUAUUUCAA